UGAUGAUCACUUGGCCCAUCUCUGCGUUCGUUUACUGCAUAUUCAUUGUUAUCAACAGUUGGUUUGUUUGUGUUUCGGCUAGAGGCAUUUCUACUUUCAGUCGCCGUUUGGCUUUGAACCAUCGUCGUCCACUUGCAAUUCCGCUUCCACCUCUGCUCAACCGACACUACCACCAACGUCACCACCACCACCAUCAGCAUCAGCAUCCUCAUCCUCAUUACCAUCACCUCCAUCGACAUAACCACCGUCGUCAAUAUCAUCAUCAUCCUCAUCAUCUUCAUAAUCAUCAACAUCAUCUACAACUGCAGCAGAAGCAGCAGCAGCAUAGACAACAAUAUCACUACCGUCAGCUGCAACAGCAGCAGCAACGAGAACAACAGCAACAAUUCCAUCAUCGUCAUCAUCAUCAUCAAGUAAAACAGCAACAACAACAACAACCACAAACCAAUCCGCAGGGUAUAAAACAUUUUGUAUUUUACUCUGACCUCCAGCACAAAUGCCAUCGCCAUCCUGACCAUCAUCACCAUCAACAUCAUCCUCAUUCUCCCCCUUUGUCUCCUCCUUCUCAAUCUCCUCCUCCCCCUCACCACAACCACCAUCAACAUCACCACCACCACAACCACCAUAAUAAUCAUCAUCAUCAUCAUCGUCAAAACGAUGACCAUCAAAAAAGUAAACUUCUUAAUUCAAACUCCCAAACUGACGAAACUGAUUACAAGCCAUCAUUGUUAUCACCAAUAUUAUCAUCACCCUCAACCUCGACGCCACAUACUCCACCACCACCUCCAUCAUCAUCAUCAUCAUCAUCCCCAUCAUCAACAGCAACAUCAUCAUCAUCGUCAACAACAACAUUGUCACCACAAUCAUCAUCACCAUCAUCAUCAUCAUCAACAACAACAGCACAUACACCAACAAUUACAACACCAAAAACAAGAGACAAAACACAUAUUUCUUCACACGUAGCUAAAUCACAUAUUUCUUCUUCUUCUUCUUCUUCUUCUUCUUCUCUUCUUCUUCUACCUCAAACACGGUGACUUUAUUGACAUCUAAAAACUCUGAAGUGAACGAUAGACUGCAAUUAAAAAAUGAGCCGACUGCAGACGAAACCCAACUGCACAUUGGUAGCAAGCAAGAAGAACUGCACCUCAUCCAAAACUCUGAUCGCCGCAAAUUAUUGCAACACCAAUUGUUUGCCGGCUUAACGAGUCCACCUCCAUCACCGUCACCACUUCCAUCACCUCAACAAACAACCCAAGAACCACAAAUUCCUAUGCGUCCGAUGGCAGAGAAAUUGCCAGUACAGAAUUCUUACAGUAUUGCGGAUAUCAACCGUAGAAUAAAUCUGUCCAAAACUCCUCCAUUUCAUACACCUCCGUCCGACAACAACAGCGCCUCUUUGCAAGUGUUACCCAUUUUGAAACCUCCAUUGCGACCAUUACCCGUCACAGGUCGCAAGUCUAGACGACAAACAGGAAAUAAAGGCGAGAAAACCACCACUACUGCAGCUAGCAGUGACAACAACAACAGCAACACAAACAGUAAUGCUAAUAGGUUUAUCGAUAAUGUAGCUAUUAAUCAAGUGAAUAUCUCUAAAAGCAACAAAAUCGACAGCAACAAUAGAAACUACAAUAUCAACAAUUCAAAGAACACUACCACCACCACCAGCAAUAAUAAUAAUAAUAAUAAUAAUAAUAAUAAUAAUAAUAAUAAUAAUAAGAGCAGUAGCACCAACAGCAACUCAAAUGGCUUCGAUAUCGAACAGGAUCGCCGGCGAAUGAUUGCGUUUAGCGAUAAUGUAAACAAAUCCGUGCAAAGUUACGCAAUCAAUGAAGGCGAGGCCGAAAGCGAAACAGUGGACGAAGAUGACGGUGAGAAUGUGAGUAACUUCGAUGUCAGUGAAAAAGACAAUAGCAAAGAUAAUGAUAUUAAUGACGACAACGACAGCAAUAACAACAACAACAAUAACAGUUUCUAUUAUCAAUACAGCAAUGAGGACUACAACAACAACAACAACAAUAACACAAGCAGCAAUAACAACAACAACAACCUAAAUGAGGAAGGUGAUGGCGGUGAUGGAGAGGAAAAUGAUUCCGAUGCCGAUAACAAUGAUGAAGAACUUGGAAAACAAUCGAACAAAGCCGACGAUAUUCGUUUAAAUCAAGUUCUGGAAAGUGAAAGUAGUAUGGCCACAGUUUCACAUUACGUGGCGCAGACACCUCCGAAAUCCUCUCGGAUGUUAGUCGUACGAGAAGGGCCUUCUAAAAAACUUCCCCAAGCUAUUAUCAUUGGAGUUAAAAAAGGAGGCACUCGAGCCCUACUGGAAUUUUUACGAUUACAUCCGGAUAUUAGGGCUCCUGGCCCCGAACCACAUUUCUUCGAUAGACACUACUCAAGAGGCCUAGAAUGGUACAGGAGUAAGAUGCCGUUGACAAUUGAAGGACAAAUUUCGAUGGAGAAAACGCCGAGUUAUUUCAUAACGCGUGAUGUACCACAAAGAAUCUAUAAUAUGUCUAAGCAGGUGAAACUAAUCGUUGUAGUGCGUGACCCUGUCACACGAGCCAUCUCGGAUUAUACACAAACCAUGACAAAGAGACGAUCAGUUCGGCAAUUCGAACAAAUGGUUUUCGUUAAUAACAGCUCGAGGAUAGUCGACACAUCAUGGGGUGCCAUUCGAAUUGGUGUAUAUGCGAAACACCUUGAGCUCUGGCUUAAAUAUUUUCCACUUCAACAAAUGCAUUUUGUCAGUGGAGAGAAGCUGAUCAGUGACCCAGCUGGUGAGAUGGCUUUAUUACAAGAUUUUCUGGGUUUGAAGCGUAUAAUAAAUGAAAAACAUUUCUUCUUUAAUGAAACUAAAGGAUUCCCUUGUCUGAAAAAGCCUGAAGGCAGUGGCCACCCACAUUGUUUAGGGAAAACAAAAGGGAGACAACACCCAACAAUAGACCCUAGUGUAAUACAAAGACUACGAGACUUCUAUCGGCCAUUUAAUUCAAAGUUUUAUAAAAUGGUGAAUCGAGAUUUUGAGUGGCCCUGAGUGUAAAAUGUAAAUUAAUAAGCCAUUUGUGCAUAUACCGAAGCAGUUAAUUUUCAUUAAUACGUGUUUAAUAACGUUUGCGCUUAAAAUGCAUGAAUGCACUUUUAAUUAUAUUCUAAUAUUUUUUCUCAAAAUACGUUAACUUGUAUUUUUUUUAAAAAAAGUGAAACAAAAUAUACACGCAUACAAAACACAGACAAACAGAAGCAUGUAAAUAAAUGUAUAUGAAAUCAUAC